UGUUUUGUCACUGCAUAUAACAUAUGUACAGUGCACAGGUGCACUAAGCACUCAUCAUUACAGCGAUUAAUCAAACUAAUUCGAAAAAGUGCGUUAAUUUCAUUACAAGUCCGUACGCUUCUUUGAAGAAAAUCAUGGUGACCGAAAACAAAGAGGCGAAAAACACAAGGUACAGCCUAGGAUUGGCUCUAUAUGCUCAUAUGAAAUCCUUCAGGAACAGAAUAGCACAGUAUGAAGACGAAACUGACUAUGUGGACACUUACGGUGCGCUCCUCACGAGAUGCAUCAGGGUAGCCAUGAAACUUCAAGAACUGGGCAUUGGAGAAGACGACAUUGUCAGCGCAUGUACACAUAAUCAUAGAAACAGCUGCGUACCUUUCAUAGCUAGCACGUUUAUUGGAGCUAUACCAGCCACUUUCGAUCCUGGGCUAUCUGAUAUUGAUACUGUAUCAUUGCUCAGACUGAUGCAGCCAAAAGUGAUAUUUAUUUCUCAGGAAAUGUUGAAAGAUUUUGAAACAUAUAUGGAAAAAGCACGGGUGAAACCAGCCUAUACUAUUGUGUUUGGGGAAAGCAGAGGGCAAUACAUGAGUUUUGAUGAGUUUUUAAAGCCGCAGAUCAAAGAAAAUCAGUUCAAGGUAUACGAAACAAGUAAUCCGAAAAAGACAGCUGUAGUCAUGUUUAGCAGUGGAACCACUGGAUUGCCUAAAGGAAUAUGUCUAAACCACUACGCACUACUGAAACAAUCAGGAAGUUUUAGAGAUGACUGCCCAGAAAUUAUAAAUUCUGAUACUGCAGAUUCAGUUCUUCUCCUUUAUCCAACAUUAUACUGGAUAAGCGCAGUGUGUACACUGAUAGGAGCUGUUUUGAGAGGCGAAGCAAAAGUUCUUUGUAGGAGCUUUAAUGCAAAGAGAUUCUUUGAGAUAGUAGAAAAGUAUAAGGUGACCCUAACCUUCGUGCCACCAUACAACCUCCCUUUAAUUCUCCAAGAACGUCCGAAAGAUGUUGAUUUGAGCAGCCUGAAGGCGAUGCUCACCGGCAGUUGUCCCAUAACAGCUCAACUGAUGAAGGAAACGAUAGAGGCUUUUCCUGAAACCCCUGUCAAGAACGGAUAUGGACAGACGGAACUUGCUGGAGCCAUUUCCCUCUUCAGUCGUCCUGAAGAUCGGGACAUGCAGAAGAAGAAACUCACAAGUUGUGGCAGGAUUUACUCUUAUUUGCAGUGGAAGCUAAUCCAGCUUCGAACUUCAGCCAUUAUGGAUACUGCUGUAACGCAUUACGCAUUGUGUUAACUCGAGGUAGAUUACGGCUAGAGGUGGAUGAAUCCUGAGUUAGCUGAGAUUUUUUAUUAGAGAAUGACCUAGAAAACGUAAAAAACCGUACGAAGCCGAAAAACCCACUUUUGGAACCUGUUUAGAAAAUGAACAAUUUUUGACGCAAUCUUGGGACUGGCAACAUUCAGGUUCUACAUAAAGUAUAAAAGAGAUAGUCGACUUGGAAACCGAAAAACCAGUCACUGGUCCGUACAAAAAAGGUGAACUGCGCCUAAAGACUGACCUUCACAUGAACGGUUACUACAAAAUGGACUCUUCGGAUGCCUUCGAUUCCGAAGGGUACCUGAGAACAGGAGAUGUUGCUUUUGUUGACGAAGAUAACUGCUUGUACAUUGACGACAGAAUUAAGGAAAUGUUUAAGUACAGAGGAUGGCAUGUACUCCCUGCUAUUGUAGAAGAAGUCGUUAUGGCGCAUCCAGCUGUUAAGGAGGCAGCUGUCAUAGGAAUUCCUCAUUCUGAAGAUGGAGAGCAUGCAAUGGCUCUCGUAGUAUUGAAAGAAGGACACGAGAACGUCUCGCCAGAAGACAUAAAGAAAUAUGCAGACGAGAGUCUAAGUGAAGCCCAAAAACUAAGAGCUGGAGUUAAGAUUGUUGAUGAGCUGAUCAGAACAGCCACCGGAAAGGUGAAGAGGAAGGCCAUGAAGGAGAUGAUUUUGAGUAACGGAAAAGUUAGAGCUACGUGAAGAUAUUGGUUCCUUAAAGAGAAAAGAAUUAUCUAGGUACACUGGUAGUGAGUAAAUUGGCGGUAUGAGAUAUUUGCACCUAACAGUAUAUCUUAGAAGUCAAUAUAGUAGUAAAUACUAUGU